CAAGUGGAGUAGGAGGGUAUUGAAAAACUCGAUCGAGUGGGCAUAAUGGGGGUCUGGCGCAGAUUGGGUACGAUAACGAAAGCUCAAGGCUUGUAUUCGACGACGACGUUCUCAUCGUCAUGGUCGAUCCCUCUCGGUCUCGGUCGCCCGCUGUCUUCUGCAGCCAAUGUAAACGCGCAGGCUGAAAUAAUGAACGGAAAGCCAAUCGCCAAAGACAUAAGGUCCAGAGUAGCUGCUGAAAUAUGCAGACUGAAGGCUGCCACAGGAAGACUGCCCGGAUUGGCGGUUGUUUUGGUGGGUAACAGAAAGGAUUCACACAAUUAUGUCAAUCUCAAGUUAAAAGCUUGUAAUCAAGUCGGAAUAGUGACUUCUAUUGUUCAGCUGCCCCAAGACUGUACUCAAGAUCGACUUAUUGAUGUCGUUUCAUCUUUUAACCGGAACCCCUCGGUGCAUGGUAUAAUUGUGCAGCUCCCUCUUCCACAGCAUUUAGACGAGGAAAAGAUUAUAAAUUUUGUUAGUCCAGAAAAAGAUGUGGAUGGGUUUCAUCCCCUCAACAUGGGGAAUCUUGCCAUGCGGGGAAGGGAACCCUUAUUUAUCCCUUGUGCCCCCAAGGCUUGCAUUGAAUUGUUGCUCCGAUAUGGUGUGGAGAUUAUUGGGAAGAAUGCAGUGGUUAUAGGGAGAAGCAAGAUUGUUGGGUUAUCAACUUCGUUGCUAUUGCAGAGGCACCACGCUACCGUUAGCACUUUGCAUUCCUUCACCAAGAGUCCAGAAGAAAUUACUCGUCACGCUGAUGUUGUCAUCUCAGAUGUUGGGACUCCAAACUUGGUCCAACCGGACUGGCUGAAGCCAGGAGCAGUUGUAGUUGAUAUGGGGACGAAUCCAGUUAAGGAUCCCAGUAGCCGUCACGGUUUUCGUAUUACAGGAGAUGUUUGCUAUACAGAGGCAAUCAAGGUGGUGUCAGCCAUAACUCCCGUUCCAGGAGGAGUAGGACCUGUUGUAAUCUCAAUGCUCCUUUCUAACACCCUUGACUCUGCCAAAAGAGCUUACGGAUUGACUUGACCUUGUGGAAUAUGGGACUGGAAAGUGACGGGGUGAUUAAAGCUGCACAUGUAUAGCUCAUCUAGCUCAUCUGGCUGUUGAUUUUCACAACAGCCCGUUACUUUCCAACAAUCAAUAAUUCAAUAUGACGAUUAUGUCAUUAGAGUGAUCUCUUUUCUUUCAUUUUGGCAAAGGCGAAUCUAAGCUUUAGGUUUCGUCUCGUCUGACGAGCUCUUUGGCUCCAGUUGAGGCCGAUUUCUUAGAGAUCGCGGCUCUUCUAUGUUCAACUCGUUGGUUGUAGUUUGUUUAUGCGGUCAAUUUUGGAAGAAAGUUUUUUUUUUCGAUGAA